AUGAACGACCAGUACCACCGGGCGGCCCGGGAUGGCUACUUGGACCUUCUCAAAGAAGCCACCCGGAAGGAACUUAAUGCUCCAGAUGAAGAUGGCAUGACCCCCACCCUCUGGGCCGCCUACCACGGUAACCUGGAGUCGCUGCGUCUCAUCGUUAGCCGAGGAGGUGAUCCAGACAAAUGUGACAUCUGGGGUAACACCCCUCUGCACCUGGCAGGCUCUAACGGGCAUCUCCACUGCUUGUCAUUCCUGGUGUCCUUUGGGGCCAAUAUCUGGUGCCUAGACAAUGACUACCACACGCCCUUGGACAUGGCCGCCAUGAAAGGGCACAUGGAGUGUGUGCGCUACCUGGACUCCAUCGCGGCCAAGCAGAGCAGCCUGAACCCCAAACUUGUGGGCAAGCUGAAAGAGAAAGCUUUCCGUGAAGCCGAGAGGCGCAUCAAGGACUGCGCCAAACUGCAGCGCAAACACCAUGCGCGCAUGGAGCGGCUUUACCAGAGAGAGCUGGCUGAGCGGACAGACACGCUGAGCUUCUCCAGCCUCUCUUCCAGCACCCUGAGCCGGCGUCUCCAGAACUUGUCUCUGGCCAGCCACCUCCCCUACUCCCAGGCCACCCUCCACGGCACCGGCCGAGGUAAGACAAAAAUCCAGAGGAAGCUGGAGCGUCGUAAGCAUGGCGAAGGAACUUUCAAGAUAUCAGAAGACGGGAGAAAAAGCAUCCGCUCUCUGUCUGGGCUGCAGCUGGGCAGUGACGUGAUGUUUGUCCGGCAGGGGACCUAUGCCAACCCUAAGGAGUGGGGCCGUUCCCCACUCCGGGAUAUGUUCCUCUCAGAUGAGGACAGCGUCUCUCGUGCCACCUUGGAGCCUGGCCUAGGGGCUGAGUCUGCCCACUCAGAAGUCAGCACAGACUCAGGCCAUGACUCUCUUUUUACUCGCCCUGGCCUGGGUACCAUGGUGUUCCGAAGGAACUAUGUAAGCAGUGGGCUUCAGGGGCUGGGGCGGGAAGGAGAGAUAGAUGGGGCAGGCACGUUGCGUGCCCGGAUGCAGCACUCACCAAGCCUAGAUGAUGAUAGCAUCGGCAGUGCCAAUAGUUUGCAGGAGCGCCUUGAUGAAUUGCCUUGGGAUGGGUUUGACCUGGGACUGGAUGAGGCCCUGGAGCCUGAGACCAGCCCGCUAGAGACUUUCCUUGCCUCCCUGCACAUGGAUGACUUUGUGGCCCUCUUGAGGCAGGAGAAGAUUGAUCUGGAUGCCCUGAUGCUCUGCUCUGAACUAGACCUCCAUAGCAUCAGCAUCCCCCUAGGUCCCAGAAAGAAGAUCUUGGGGGCGGUCAAACGACGUCGCCAGGUGCUGGAGCGGCCCCCUGCCCUGCAGGACACAGAGUUGUAA